AUGGCGCGUGCGUACGCAACGCUGGUUUGUACGGACGCGUACGCUAUCGGGGCGCAGGUGUUGCGCGCGAGCCUCCACCGCGUUGGGUCGACGCUGCCGCUUGUCGUGCUCGUCACGCCCAAUGUCUCGGCCUCUGUGCGGAUGCAAUUGACGACAUCGCUCGAGAAUGCGCUUUUGUACGACGUGGCGCCGAUUCCGCUGCGGUCCGACCAAGCGACGCGCUACGCAUUUGCGCGCUUCCAGCACGCGUGGGCCAAGCUGCGCGUGUUUGAGCUCGAGAUGUUUGACACCAUUGUCUUCCUCGACGCCGACAUGCUGUGCGUGCGCAACAUGGACGACCUCUUUGACGCGAUCGCACCGGACGCGACCACCAUCGCCGCGAGCCGCGCGUGCACGUGCAACCCGCAGCGCAUCACCCAUUAUCCCCCGUCGUGGACGCCAGCAUCCUGCGCGUAUUCCGAGACAACGAAUAACGUCCGUCGGUACUUCAACUCGGGCAUGUUGGUGUUGCAUCCUAGCUGCGCAACGCUCGAGUCGCUGCUCGCAAAACUUCAGGGCGAACGCAGCGUCGAGCGGUUUGUGUUUUCGGAUCAAUGCUUCCUCAACGAAGCGUUUCCCGACUUUAUCGACGUGCCGUAUGUGUUUAACGCGCUCAAGACACUGCCGAUCGCGCACCCGCGCCUGUGGCAACUCGAGGAUGUCAAGGCGAUUCACUACAUUUUGGAAAAGCCGUGGCAUGUCGAAGUACUCGCGGGCGGACCGUACGACGACUUGUACGCACUGUGGUGGGAGGUUGCUUCGCACGUGAAGGAUCGCUUGCAACCUUGCUUCAACGCACCGUAA